AGUCCGCCCCCUAACCUGAGAUUUUGGGCCGGCCCCAAUACUACCGCCGGCCACUCGUCGUCUCCACGGCUGGAGCACGCAACGGGGCCAGCGGAAGGAAUCCACCGCCGCAGCGCCGCUCGUUAUACCACAUCAGGGAGGCGCCCGCCAGGCACAUCACUGCGGUCCGCGGCAGCCCAGGAGCAGUCCUGCCCGACGACGGUCGGCAUCGGCAGCCGCUAGCCUGCCAGCAGCGCGACGGAGGUGGACCACCGUGUUUUCAAAUCCUAGAUCCAACACCGCGUCCCCCUCCCUCGCUCCCUCUGCACGAAGGGUCGAUGGUGAUGGCGGAGGAGGCAGGAAGGAGGAAGCGCGCAGCGGUGGUUGUGUUGGGCGACAUCGGCCGCAGCCCGCGCAUGCAAUACCACUCCCUCUCCCUCGCCAACCAGGCCGGCAUGGAAGUGGACAUUGUUGCAAACGGAGGAAGUGAUCCCCAUUUAUCAUUGAGAGAGAAUCCAUCAAUUCACAUACAUGAGAUGAAAUCAGUACAGUUAUCAGGAAUUUCAAAGAUAUCUGGUGCCCUGGCUCUGCUACUUAAAGCUGCCAUCCAGUUUAUCAUGCUGAUUUGGUUUCUCUGCUUUAAGAUUCCUCGCCCUGAUGUCUUCAUUGUUCAGAAUCCACCCUCUGUUCCAACGUUGGCUGCUGUAAAGCUGGCUAGCUGGCUAAGAGGCGCUAAAUUUAUUGUGGACUGGCAUAAUUUUGGAUAUACUUUGCUUGGAUUGUCUCAUGGCAGAAGUCAUGUAAUAGUCAAAGUCUAUUUCUGGUUCGAGAAGCACUUUGGGCGGAUGGCUGAUGGUGCCUUUUGCGUUACGAAAGCAAUGCAACAUGAGCUUGCUCAAAAUUGGGGAAUCAAAGCAACAGUUCUUUAUGAUCAUUCUCCUGAAUUUUUCCAUCCUGCUUCCUUGACUGAGAAACAUGAGUUGUUCUGCAGGUUGGGUAGUUCCAUUUGUGGUGCUAUGGGCAGUGCUGAUUGCAUAUCUGUUGAAAAAGAAGUGGAAGACAAGAACACUACUGUACUUACUAGCAAGAUUGAUGGUGGAGUUUCUUUGAAGCCUAAUAGACCUGCACUUGUUGUGAGCAGCACAAGCUGGACACCAGAUGAAGAUUUCAGCAUACUUCUGGAAGCAGCACUGAUGUACGAUAGACGUGUUGCUGCAACAUUAGGUGAAGAGGAUUCAAUGGACGAGGGGCAGCUUUGGAUUGAUAUCAAGAAUGGGAAGCAAUUUGAUUACCCAAGAUUGCUUUUCAUUAUCACAGGUAAAGGGCCUGAUAGGAAGAAAUAUGAGGAGCAAAUAAAAAGGUUAAAACUGAGACGCGUUGCCUUCCGGACUAUGUGGCUUGCAUCGGAGGACUAUCCUCUAUUGCUAGGAUCAGCUGAUCUAGGCGUAUCGCUGCAUACAUCCUCGUCAGGGCUUGAUCUACCUAUGAAGGUGGUUGAUAUGUUUGGAUGUGGAUUACCAGUUUGUGCCGCUUCAUUCUCCUGCAUCGAGGAGCUUGUGAAAGUAAACAGCAAUGGACUUCUUUUCUCAACAUCUUCGGAGCUCGCAGAUGAACUCAUGAUGCUCUUCAAGGGAUUUCCGGAGGAAUGCGAUACACUGAAAUCCCUGAAGGAUGGUGCGUUGAGUACAGGAUCAUCUUCCAAAUGGUCAACUGAAUGGGAAACUAACGCACUUCCUUUGGUGAACCAGGUCAUAGGCUAAAAUAAUCAGAUGUGCAGAAAGGAUGGUUGGGUUGCCUUCCUGAAUAUCUGCCAAUUACAUAGUUUAUAGGUGUAAUUCUACACUUGAGUGACCAGAUGUACAUUCGAUGGUCGAGGAGAAAGCAUGUUCAUAUAUCA